AUGCACGCUGAAUUCAUCGCCAUCAACGAGAUCCUAGCACCGCCUAAAAGACACAAUCCAUCAAUCCUCCGUGAAUGCACGCUCUAUGUAACAGUAGAGCCUUGCAUCAUGUGCGCUAGUUUGCUGCGACAGUUUAGGAUUAAAAAGGUUUUUUUUGGUGCUUCGAAUGAGAAGUUUGGGGGGACUGGUGGGGUGCUUGACGUGCAUCUUGGGAAUGGCAAGAAGGCCCCGGAAGGGGAGGAGAUGGGGGAUUAUGAGGUUAGUGGGUGGUGGUUGAGGGAGGAGGCUAUUGUGAUGUUGAGGAAGUUUUAUGUUCAAGAGAAUGAUAGGGCUCCUGAGCCGAGAAAUAAGAAGGAUAGGGUGCUGAAGCUGGAGGUAGAGCCGUUAGUGGAGGGGACAAUGAAAGAGAGCCAUGGUUGA